UACACAUCACAUAUAUCCCUGGAGCUAAGCUAAAGCUAGGCUAGGCUAACUAGCUGCUACAGAGUGACAUGAAGUCAACUUUACACUCUGUCUCAAUGAAGGAGAUUCCAGAGUGAUUGGGACAUGGAGUUAAGAAACAUCAAGGACCAGUCUCCAUUGGUCCAGGCCAUAUUCAGCAGAAACACAGAAGAGGUGACAUUUUUGUUGAACCAUAAUGAAGAUGUCAACUCACUGGACCAAGAACAGAGCACACCACUUCAUGCUGCUGCUUAUUUGGGCGAUGUCCACACUAUGGACCUACUUAUCACUUCAGGUGCAAAUGUCAACGCCAAGGACCAGGGUUUGCUGACUCCCUUACAUCGAGCGGCUGCCUCUCGAAAUGAGAAAGCUGUGGAGCUGCUGCUAAAGCACAAAGCAGAGGUCAACACAAAGGACAAGUACUGGCACACACCUUUGCACAUGGCAGCUGCAAAGUGGGCCACAGGCUGUGCCGAAGCUCUGAUACCACAUGUGUGCAGCCUGGAUGUUGCCGACAGGUCGGGAAGGACACCACUGCAUCAUGCAGCGCACAGCGGCCAUGAAGAGAUGGUUAACCUGCUCCUGAGCAAAGGUGUCAAUGUGAGCGCCAAAGACAAGAAGGAAAGGCAGGCAGUCCACUGGGCUGCAUACCUUGGUCAUGUGGAGGUUAUGAAGCUGCUGGUGUCUCACAGUGCUGAUGUGAUGUGUAAGGACAAACGUGGUUACACUCCACUCCACGCUGCAGCUGCCAGUGGACAAUUAGAUGUGGUGAAAUAUCUGUUGAGACUGGCAGUGGAGACUGAUGAGCCAAACAUUUUUGGGAACACAGCGCUCCACAUGGCCUGUCACACAGGGCAGGAUGCCGUGGCCACUGAGCUGGUGAACUGCGGUGCCAACAUCAACCAGCCCAACCACCUCGGCAGCACGCCGCUGCAUCUGUCUGCUGCCUCCUCUAGCGGCGUGCUGUGUCUCGAACUGCUAAUCAAUAAUGGUGCUGAUAUCAACGUGCAGAAUAAAGAAGGGAAGAGCCCUUUACAUAUGGCUGCUAUGCACGGGCGCUUCUCAGGCUCUCAGAUUCUUAUCCAAAAUGGUGGGGAGAUUGACUGUGCUGAUAUAUUUGGAAACACUCCACUUCAUGUUGCUGCCAGAUAUGGUCAGGAGUUGCUGAUCAGCACUCUGCUGACAAAUGGUGCUGAUAAGACCAGACAGGGCAUUCAUGGGAUGCUUCCACUGCAUUUUGCAGCACUCUACGGAUUUCCAGACUGUUGUCGAAAGUUACUGUCUAAUGGCCAGUUUUAUGUCAUGCCGUCUCAAAUGCAAUCCGCUGGGGUUGAUGUUAACGUCUUAGACGACUACGGGAGGACCUGUCUGCAUGCAGCUGCCUCUGGAGGACAUGUUGACUGUCUGAACUUGCUGUUGAGCAGUGCCGCUGUGGAUCUGGAUGUUAAAGAUCACUUGGGAAGAUCUCCUUUGCACUAUGCUGCCGCUAACGGGAACAGCCAAUGCACGAUCUCCCUGGUGAGAGCUGGCGCUGAGGUCAAUGAGAUGGAUCUGACAGGCUGCAGCCCUCUGCACUACGCUGCUGCCUCUCACACCUUUUGUGGAGAAGAAACGAGCUCUGACCCCCACAGUGAGGGAAAAGAGCGAGAAGCCUCUCUGUGUUUAGACUUCUUGCUUGACAACGGGGCAGACCCAACUCUGAAGAACAGUAAGGGUUACAGUGCCGUCCACUAUGCAGCAGCUUAUGGGAACAAACAGCACCUGGAACUGCUCCUGGAGAUUUCUUUCAACUGUCUUGAAGAGGUUGAAAGUAAUAUUCCUGUCAGCCCUCUGCACUUAGCUGCGUAUUAUGGUCACUGUGAGGCGCUGUGUUUGCUUUGUGAGACAUUAGUGAGUCUGGAUGUGCGGGACGUUGAAGGCAGAACCGCCCUCCACCUGGCUGCUCAAAGAGGUUUUGCACUGUGUGUGGAGGUGCUAAUGAAACAUCAAGCCUCUUACACACUGAAGGAGCACAAGCACAAGCGGACAGCUAUUCAUGCUGCAGCUGCUGAGGGCCAAAUGGACUGUUUGCUUUUAUUGGUGAACGGGGAACAAAGUGCAGACGUCAUCGACAGUCCAGAUACACAGGGACAGACGGCUCUCAUGCUCGCGGCUCUGGGAUGUCACACCGACUGUGUCCACAUCCUGUUGGAGAAAGGAGCAAAGGCUGAUGCUGCAGACAAAAAGGGCUUCACUGCAUUACACAGAGCUGCCAUGUUGGGCAGUGAAGACUGUGUAUCUGCUCUGUUGGAACAUGGAGCCUCUGCUCUGUGUCGAGACUCUCAGGGACGGACCCCGCUGCACCUCGCAGCGUCCCGCGGCCACACAGAGCUACUUCGGACUUUGCUAAAGGCUGCUAUGAAAGCUGACCCUCUGGACUCCAUAUUGGACCACAGAGGCUACACACCCACCCACUGGGCUGCCCACCAAGGGCGUGAAGGAUGUUUACACAUUUUACUUGAAAAGAAACUUUAUAGCAAUCAGGAGGGAAAUCUCUUCACUGCGUUGCACUGUGCUCUAGUUAAUGGACAUGAUGCUGCUGCUGAACUUCUAGUGAAGACUGUUGGCCCACAAAUUGUUAAUGUUAGCGAUGCCAAAGGAAGGACCCCACUGCAUGCGGCUGCUUAUUCAGGUAGUGUUGCUGGGCUUCAGCUGGUCCUGGCCCAGGGAGCAGACGUCAAUGCUGUGGACCACUGUGGACGCUCUGCUAUGAUGGUUGCUGCUCACUGUGGACAGACUAUGGCUGUUGAGUUCUUGCUGCACAAAGCGAAGCCAGACCUGACCCUGGUGGAUGUCAAUAAUAACACUGCCCUUCACUUAGCCUGCAGCAAGGGUCAUGAGAUGUGUGCCCUGUUGAUCCUUGGAGAGAUCAGCGACUCCUCACUCAUAAAUGCAACAAACAGCGCUCUCCAAAUGCCCCUUCAUAUCGCAGCGAGGAAAGGCCUGGCAACUGUAGUGCAGGUGUUAUUGAGCAGAGGAGCAGCAGUCAUGGCUGUAGAUGAAGAAGGUCACACGCCGGCUCUGGCCUGUGCCCCAAACAAGAACGUGGCAGACUGUCUUGCGCUGAUCCUCUCCACCAUGAAGCCUUUCCCACCCAGAGAGGCCAGCGGUGGUGCAGCCUCCCACUACAACCCCAUCCUGAAGAACUGUGGCAUCGCUUCCACAUGUGGGUCCAGCGGCAACCUGUGCCACGCCUAGAUUAAGGUGCUGCACAAGGACACUGUGGGCUCGAGUGAAAUUUAAUCCCAGCGAAGCCCAAAGUCUCCACGUAUUACCACACACGCACACUCACCUCUUCAGGAAUGUGUGAUCAUGCAUAGCUUCUUUUUCAACGUGAUGACGUUUAUAAAUGUGUGUCACAUGCAGCACAUGCAGGACAUUAUGUCCUCUUGCACCUGUAGCAUCGAUUGCUUCUUUAAAAUCUAGUCUUACACUUUACUAAUAUUAGCAGAUUUGUUAGAUUAUCUUUUUUGUCACAUGAGUUAGCACAUAUGUUAUUUUAAAGAAGUACGUACUAUUAGAAAAGAGUGAAAAUUUUAACAUGAGCACACUACACAAGCCUCUCACUUGAACCCCGUCCGCUGUCAGUAUUGGCCUAAUUUAUCGUUAAACACCAGAGCCUGAAAUCUCCAUGUUUGUCUUCAUUUGAUUCAAGUGCAAGAAUAUUCGAAUGAUCGUGUGUUUGUGUUACAUAUGCGUGUAUUUACAAGUGCUAUUUUGCAUAUAAGACAUUGCUUCUUAAUAUACUUGUUUUAAAAUAUCUAACAGGUGCUUUAAACCUUUUAUGCAAUUAAUAAGACUCUAUUUUUCUAUCCUGUCCAGAGUGUAGCCGACAGUACACUGAUAAAAAUAACCUCGUUAUUCUAAAGCUAUCAUGACUUACAUAAGUUACAUUUCAUUUAAGUAAAGUCACAAGCAUGUGUAUAGUAGUAGUGAUAUAGUUUUACAGACUCUAGUGUAUAUAUAGUUCUUAAAAUGAAGUUAAUCUUUUACUUAUUAUCUUUAAAAUCCCAAAUUAUUGAGAAUUAACCUCAGGUCGCUCUGUACUGUAUUGUGGGUGCAAUAAAAAGCACAUUUUAAGCGAGAUGUUGCAUAACAAAUGUAUGACAGAAGUAACAUAUUUCAGUUGAACAAGCCAGAGAAUUAAAUAAACGAAAGGCUAAGCAGAUAGAAAAUAUACGUGUCAAUAUGAACAGUUUCAAAGCACAAGGAAAAAAAGGACUUUCAGUGUCUGAGUGUUAAAGUCUUUAGCAAAUGUGUCAUUUAACCUCACCUGCAACUAAAGAUUCAUUCAGUUUUUCAGUAAUCUGUUGAUUUUAUUUUUUUCUUUAAAUUGAUUAGCUGCACAUUACAAGUCUGAAGAGCCCAAGGUGAAUUGCUUUUUUUAUCAGCUGUCUAAAACCCAAAGAUAUUUAAUUUACACUGAUAUUAGACUAAGAAAAAAGCAGCAAAUCCCUCACAUUUAAGAAGCUGGAUCCAGAGAAUCUGUGACACUUUUGUAUGAAAAUUACUAAAAUGAUAAUUAUCAGGUUGCCAGUUGAUUUGCAGUUUGUUCAACUUGUGACUUGUGAAAUGUUUUAGCACUACAUUUUACUUUUGUUAUCCUUGUAAUUUUGUCAGUGUUCACUGAAAUGUAGAAAACUGCUCACAUUUAACACCAGUAACGAUCUCUGUGAAACACCAGAAACUGAAAUUACUGCUUUUUUGUUUUUGUUAAUUACAAUUUUCUGGUCCAGUGAAAAAAUUUCCUUUAUUAUUGUCCAGUGGACACUUAAUAAAUCUGUCUCUAGUAAAUAUUUUUGGUAUUUUACUAUUUAGAAAAAUUUGCCAUGCCCACAAAAUGUAGAAAGUUUGUUUUUCUUUUUCUUUUUUUCCCACAUGUGAAAGGUCCUGUGUGUAGGAGUUAUGGGCAUCUAUAAUAUGGUAAAUAGUAUUCAUAAGUUUAUUUUCAUUAGUUUAUAAUUACCUGAAAAUGAAAAGCUUUGUGUUUUCACCACCUUAGAAUGAGCCGUUUAUAUCUGCCCAUGGAGCAGCUCCUUUUCCAGUCUGCCAUGCUACUUCUACAGUAGCCCAGAGCGGACAAAUCAAACACUGGCUCAGGAUAAAAACAUUCACGUUUUUGCAUCAGCCACCGUAGAUCUCCUACACACCCAGAACACAGGAGAUUUUUCAGUUGUGCAACCUCACCGCUAAUGCCACUAAAUCCUACACACUGGACCUUUAAAUAAAUGAGCACAGCACACCUCUACUGGUUGCCUACAAAGAUGUCACUGCCUGUCUCUCUGAAAAGAUCGAGUUUUAUAAAUGGAAGUUUGCUUUAAGUGUUUAUCUUUUUAUAAUUUCAAAGCCGAAUACAUACACAGACUUUUAUAUUUUCUCCUUUUCCUAAUUGAUUUUUUCCCCUUUUAAUACCUACUGUGUUAACUUAAAAUGGCUUUAAACGAUUUGCACUCUAGCAUGAAAGUUUACAUUUUACAGUAAGGUGUCCGUCUUUGGUUUAUGCAAAAGUGAUAUGAUAAGUGCUUUUUACAAAUGAACCUAUAAGAGAGCAGCAGAAACUAAUUUGGUUUGAACUCGGGGAGAAAGUGGUUUGACAUUUCUAAAUACAAGUUGCAGUGAAAUGUUUGUUUGUCUCUAGGAAGUGCUCCGUUAACGGCUUUUUAUGUGAACAAACUGUGUCUUUUGUUCAUUUCACUGAGAUUUCAGGGCAUAACUCCCAACUUAAAUACUCUUAGUUGUGGAUGGCAUUCAUAUGACAGAAAAUAAAUAAAUUUACUACCAUGAGAAGGA